AAUAAUUUUGAAACGGUCAACGUGACAGUUCAAUUAAAAUUAUAACACAUGAAUGCACUUUUUCACAUGGUUAUGUCAUAAUUUCUCUAGUAGAAUUUUUGUUAUGAAUUAAAUAGAGGUAUCAACUUCCAGAGAUACCUCGAGCCACCAUGGCUACCCUGAUCAAAACUGCUUUCGUAAAAGUAAUUAGUCCUAGUCAAGGAGGUAAGAUAGCGGCAUGUACUUUCGUACAGAACCGUAAUAUCGCUGGUAAGGCUCUUAGGGAGUCGCUGCCGCCACCUCCGCCGAAACCAGCCCCUUUCGACUAUAUAAACAAGGAUUACACUUGGUUGCGAAGCUUAUUUGACCGUACCACCCAUAGAUUCGACGAGAACUCAAAAGUGCUGGUAGUAGAAGGUCCGGUAGCCGCCGGUAAGACGCAAUUCGCCGCCGCAUUGGCCGAGGACUUAGGAAUGAAGCAUUUCCCCGAAGCUAACAUGGAUAUACACUACAUACGCUCGAAUGGCUUUGAUUUGCGUACGCUCGAUAAUCAGAUCCCCGAAGACGCUAGAACCUUUGACCAUGUGAACUUCAACUUGGCUCCGAGCCAUCGUUUAGCAGGAAAUUUCCAGAUCAUGAUGUACAUUGCUCGUUAUAGCCAGUAUAUUGAUGCAUUGGCUCAUUUGUUUAAUACCGGACAAGGUGUAGUGUUGGAGAGAUCUCCCUACUCUGAUUUUGUGUUCUUGGAAGCGAUGGUAUCGCAGAAGUACAUCAGUAAGGGUGUGAAGUCAGUUUAUUACGAACUCAGAGCGAACACGAUUGAGGAGCUGAUGAGACCUCACUUGGUUAUCUACCUUGACUUGCCUGUAAAUAAGGUAGUAGACAAUAUAAAAGCACGUCGAUGUGACUAUGAAGUGAACGGCAAGGCGUUGACAUCCGAGUUCCUCACCGAGGUGGAGAGACAAUACAAGAACAAGUACUUGAGGGAUAUCUCUACACAUGCUGAGCUGUUGGUGUACGACUGGACUGGUGGCGGAGAAGUAGAAGUGGUGGUAGAAGAUAUCGAACGUCUGGACUUCGACAAGUAUACGGAACGCGAUGAGCCCAAGAUGAAGGACUGGCGUCUCCCGCGCGAGGUCGAGUGGGCCGACAAGCGUAUGCUUUACUCCAACCAGAAGUACCAUCUGAUGAACCUGUUCGCGAUCCCCAGGCUCGACGUGCCCGAACUGAUCACCAGCGCUGACGACGCUUAUGAACGUUAUAAGGCCAUCUACGAGAACCCUGCGUUCGAGUAUCUGGAGGGCUACACGAAGAACGACUCUGGUCUUCUCACGAAGAACAAGAUGCCCAAGUACACGGAGUAUUUAUAAAUCGUGUUGGCAUUAAUGUAGAUUGAGAAUUUAUUUAAUAAAGUUAUUAUUUAAGGA